UUCUUUCUGCGGCCAAUUUUAAUUUGUAAAUUAAAUUAAUUGCCUAGAUAUCUUGUAACUGCAGAAGAUUGAAUUUUAUCUCAUCUGAAAGUAAACGUAAAGAUGUCGUUCUUAGUAAAACAACUUACUCGCAGGGUGCUGGCCCCGGCGCUCUCUACACUCAAACAAGUUAAUUUCUCUACCACAACUGCAGUCUUCACUCCUAAAGUCCAGAAGCCUGCACCAGACUUCUCAGCCACUGCCGUUGUCAACGGUGAAUUCAACAAUCUCAAACUGGCAGACUUCGCUGGCAAAUACGUUGUUUUGCUUUUCUACCCGUUAGAUUUCACAUUUGUCUGCCCAACGGAGCUAAUUGCGUUCAGUGACCGAGCAAAAGAGUUCGCUAACAUCGGUUGCCAAGUUAUCGGUAUCUCCACAGACUCGGAAUACAGCCACUUAGCAUGGACUAACACCCCCAGGAAGGAAGGUGGAGUGGGCAAAUUAGAUUUUCCGCUAUUAGCUGACUACAAGAAAACCAUUUCAUCAGACUAUGGUGUGCUUAUAGAUGAGGGGAUCGCACUCCGUGGCAUGUUCAUCAUCGACAAAAACGGUAUUCUCCGGCAUAUGUCAGUCAAUGACUUACCAGUAGGCCGCUCUGUGGAAGAAGCGCUGAGACUUGUGAAAGCAUUCCAGUUCUCUGAUAAACAUGGAGAAGUUUGCCCAGCUAACUGGAACCCAGAGACAAACGCGGACACAAUCAAGCCAAACCCCAAGGAAAGCAAAGAGUACUUCCAGAAAGCAAACUAGCUUGCAAGUUAGUUCUAUUUUCCUACCAAUAGAUGGCGACUGUAGCAACUAUGCAUCUCACAUAUGAAGUUUUUAAUAGUUUUAUAACUUGCAUAAUGGGUUUUGGUAUUUAACCGUAUGGUCGGCUCGAAUACUAAGUAUUUAUUGAACAAAAACCAAAAGGCAUUUAUUUUAAGGUAAAAUGAAAAUAAGAUCAAUUUUAGUUUUAAAACCGGAUUUAAUCCAACGUUUAGAUCAAAGUCUUCUGUUUCAAAGGUGUUUUAAUUAUAAAGUUUUGUUAUAAA